AUGGCAGGAGGCAUCACAGAGACAGGGGAGUUGUUCUGUGUCUUUGCGGUGGGCUUGGUGUACAUGUUUAAUCUGAUCGUGGGCACGGGGGCACUGACGAUGCCCAAGGCCUUUGCCCAAGCAGGUUGGGCGGUCAGCCUGGUGCUCAUCUCCUUCCUGGGUUUCAUCAGUUACAUGACCACUACGUUUGUGAUCGAGGCCAUGGCAGCGGCCAACGCUCAGCUGCGCUGGAAGAGGGAGGGAGCAGGAAGAGGUGAGUUAGCAGAUAUAAAGAACCAACAGGAGGAAGAACAGCACUCCACCUCUGAUUAUUCGGAUGAUGAUGUUCUCGUCCGGGGACGAUCAGAGCCAGAGACGAGGCCCAUUUUGUCAGUCCAGCGAACAGGAGGACACGUUGAUCACUUCGACAUUGUGGAGAGGGUUGAGAUGGGUCAAAUGGCCUCCAUGUUCUUCAACAAAGUUGGUGUCAACAUGUUCUACAUCUGCAUGGUAGUCUACCUGCAUGGAGACCUGGCUAUCCAUGCUGCUGCUGUACCCAUAUCACUAAUGGAAGUAGCCUGGCCCCUGGAGGACCCAUGGUGUACCACACCUCUCUCUGUCAGCAGCCCCUGCCAUGUGACUGAGUCCCAAUGUGCCAACCCCAGUCUGCGCGGUAGUGGUCAGCCCCAGUCGAGAGAGUCCCCUCCCCGCUCGGCUCCCCCCACGCCUCCCCUGACGCCGCGCAGCCCAGAGCAACUACUCUCCAUACACCGCUCUGUCCUGCCCAAUGGAAUAACCUCCCCCUGCCCGCUUGGUAUGCCCUCUGACACGCCCCCGCCCCCACCCCCAAAGACCAAGGUGCCCCCUUCGGGCCCUUAA